CUCUAGGCUGUGGGUCAUGUCUCCGGCUGUCAUAUCAACCCAGCCGUGACAUGCGCCAUGCUGGUUGCCCGUCACGUCUCCGUCAUCCGGGCACUGAUCUACAUCGUGUGCCAGUGCCUCGGUGCCAUCGUCGGGGCAGCCAUCUUGAAGGGAGUGACCCCCGCAGACAUCCAGGGGUCCCUUGGCAUGACCCUGAGGAACGAGAAGAUCGACACCGCUCAGGCAUUGGGCAUCGAACUCCUCAUCACCUUCGUCCUCGUCAUCACCGUCUUCGGGGCCUGUGAUGAGCGUAGGAACGACGUGAAGGGAUCAGCUCCUCUCGCCAUUGGCCUGUCCAUCACCACUUGCCAUCUCUUCGCCGUGCCCAUCACAGGGUCUUCGAUGAACCCCGCAAGGAGUUUCGGUCCAGCUGUCAUCUCCGGUCUCUGGCAGGACCACUGGGUAUACUGGGCUGGGCCUAUUCUCGGUGGUCUGGCAGCAGCUCUUAUCUACUCCUACGUAUUCCGAGCCCCAAAGGACCCCGCUGCUUAUGACGUGGAGAUGGACAACUAUAACAAGAGAACCAACAAUGCUUAAAGAGAAAAGAUCUACUGGCUUGGCCCGAUCAUGGGCGGUCUUCUCGCCGGCCGGGUUUA